AUGCGCUCCUCAGUUCUUCUUGGUCUCCUGCCCUUGGCUGCGGCCACCCCCUUUAGGCGGGCCCCGCUGCUGACUCGGGACAAUGCUGAAGAGGGCAAAUACAUCAUCGUCAUGAACCAGGGAGCCCAAACCUCUUCCAUCAGCUCAGUAGUCCAGUCCAUCAGCGCCGAGGCCGACCACGUCUACAAUACCAUCGGCGGUUUUGCUGCCUCACUGACGGAGAAGGAGGUUGAGACCCUCCGCAAUGACCCCAACGUUGCCUAUAUCCAGCAGAACGGAAAGGCUAGCAUCUUCGCCACGCAGCAGAACGCUCCGUGGGGUCUGGCCCGCCUCUCCAACCGCCAGCCAGGAUCCACUACCUACACCUACAAUGAGAACGCUGGCGAGGGUGUCUGCGUGUACGUAGUUGACACGGGUAUCGACGUUAAGCACCCUGAGUUCGAAGGUCGCGCUACCUGGGUAGCAACUGUGUUUGGCGACGUCAGCGAGGAUGACCAUGGUCAUGGAACUCACUGCGCAGGUACAGUUGGUGGAAAGACUUUUGGUGUUUCCAAGAAGUCCAAGCUGUUCGCUGUCAAGGCCUUCGAUGCUUCUGGCGAUGGCUCUGAUGCUUCCAUGAUUGCCGGCAUGGAAAAGGUCAUUGAGGACGCCCCUACCCGAGACUGCCCCAACGGCGUUGUUGUCAGCAUGUCCUUCGGUGGAGACAAGUCCGAGGCUGUUAACGCCGCCGGCAAGGCUCUGGUUGACGCCGGCUUCUUCGGUGCCGUCGCUGCUGGCAACGGAGACUUCCUCGGCCGACCCCUUGACGCCGGUACUGUUUCUCCUGCCUCAGAGGAGACUCUUUGCACGGUUGGUGCGACCGACAAGAACGACAAGACUGCCUACUUCACCAACUACGGCAAGGUCGUCGACAUUUUCGGCCCCGGCGUUGAUGUUCUCAGCGCCAAGCCCGGAAACGGCAGCCAGACUAUGAGCGGCACCUCCAUGGCUACGCCUCACAUUGCUGGUCUGGGUGCCUACUUCCUGAGCCAGGGAACCCCCGCCAAGGGUCUUUGCGAGCACCUGCAGAGUAUUUCUCUCAAGGGUGUGAUCACUGCUGUCCACAACAGCACUGUGAACUAUCUUGCCCAAAACGGCGAGGCUGCUUAA